UCUCACAAUGGGCUUGGUGGACCCCUAACGAUGUAUCAAGUUGGCAGGGUGCAUGAUGACUUGAUAUUUACACAUGUUUUUGUCCAACAUUCUUGUACCGUUUGAGUCUUAUUUCUCGUGUUUUAGGCCAAUUUCACGCUAGGUUGUUCUUGUUUGUGAUAUUUUAGGUCCUAAUACGUGAAUGAAGGUUUGGGAACGAGUUCGGGGUCGAUUGGACGAAGAUUGGACAUUUGGCGAGAAGUUGAGGAACCCACACGGGCACACCUAAAAUCCCACACGGCCGUGUGACUUGGCCGUGUGACACCAAUUUGCACGGGCAAGCCACACUGGCCGUGUAGGGGACCCCUUGUGGCAUUGUGGAAAGUCCAGGGAGCUCACACGGCCAGCCUGGAAAUCCACACGGCCGUGUGUCUCUGGCCGUGCAGCAGGCUUGAAGACCCAUUAAUUGAAACGCCGCGUUUUAUCAUCCACACGAGCAAACUGGGAAUCCACACGGCCGUGUGGUUGGGAAAAUCUGGGUUUUAACCCAAUUUCGAGCAAAAGGAGAGGGAAUCGAGUUUUUGAACAAGAAAUAGAGCCCCAGAGAGGGAAAGUGCGAAGAACACAUCCUAGAAGUGAUUUUGGAGCUGGGUUUCAUCAAUCGAGCUUUCAGAUCAUCAUAGGAGUGAAGAUCAUCAUCCCAGAGCAGUUUUUCCUCAUCUUUAUGAGUAUGACUACUCUGUUUUCUGUUUUUCUCUCUCUCUAUGGAGUAGAACCUUCUCUUACUUGGGUAUGAAGAACCCUAGUUCCAUGUGUUAGGGAUCUUGAUUGUAAUGACUUGGGAUUGUUAUACUGUCUGAUUUUAAUCGAUUGAUGCAUGAUUCAAUGAGUCAAUUGAAGUCUGAUCACCUUUUCUUGAUUUCUGCUGCAACCUGAGAUAGAUAGAAUCUGAUUAGGUUGUUAGAGCUUCAUCAAUCGGUAGUGGUAGAUUGAUUAUACGAGAGUUAAUCGAUUUACUGCUUUGUACUGGAAACAAAUUUUAGUAGUGGAUUUUUGCAUUCAUAGCCUCAGCUUUCUAUCCUGGUGAAGAUUAGUCGUCUGCCGGGUAGUUUGACUAAGAGGGCUUGGUCAGCUUAAGAGAUUCCAAGCUACUAUCGGAUCUUCCGCAGUUUAAUCAACAGUUAAUCAACCCAGGGUAAUUACAACCUCGACCUAACUAAGGAGCUAGGGGGACUCAUUCCUGAGUGACUCUUCCCUUGCUAAAGAACUUUGAACCAUUUCCUGCUUUCUUACUGCUUUUAGUUAAACUCACAAUCACUCGACUUAGUUUGCUAGAUAAUAGAUAUUCACGGAGUAGGCAGUAGAUCUAGACCCCGGGUUGACAAUUAGAGCUUGCCUGUUACUGCAUUACCGGACUGCGAUUACACUUGGUCCCAGUUUGGUGUUGUGUUUUAGCGUGUCAAGUUUUUGGCGCCGUUUCCGGGGACCCUUUAGGUUAUUGGGGAAACGUGAAAGUUUGUUACUCUAGCUUUUUCUUUACUACAUUUUCUCUCUUCCACAUGUGUGCCUUCACGGGUUGCUUUUGCUGAUUGUGUGCAGGUAGUGCAUGACCCGUAGCCAGUCGGGAGAUUUACUACCAUUAGACCAAGAGCUUGAACGGACCUGUAGGAACUUCAAGCGGGCUCUAAAGGCACGACUGGCUGCGGAGGAAGAUGUGGAGCAACUACACAUCACUGAGGAGGAAGAAAUGGGUGAACCACAAAACAAUGAUGUGCUCAUUCCCGAGGAGCAAACCAUGGGCUAUUACUGGACGACCUACGCCGUAGAAAUGAGGUCCCCCAUCCAACACCCUCAAGUUGCUACCAACAACUUCGAGGUGAGUACCUCUGUCAUCACCAUGUUGUGCGGCUCAGUGGUAUUCCGUGGCAAGGAGGGAGAGUGCCCCCGAUCACACCUGAGGCGGUUCCAUGAGCUCAUCGAUGGGAUCAAGAUAAAUGGGGUCCCAUCCGAUGCCAUCCAGCUGAGGUACUUCCCAUUUACUCUGGAGGGGCAAGCUAAAGAGUGGCUGGACACUAGGCCUCCCGGAUCAAUCACCAUGUUCGCCAACCUGGCGGACAAGUUCCUCACCCGCGAUCAUCCUCCAUCGAAAACGUCGGACUUGCAGAAGAAGAUCACCCACUUUGCCCAGGAUGAAGAUGAGAACAUCCGGGACGCAUGGGAGAGAUACACCAGUCUCUUCUUGAGGUGUCCCAAUCAUGGUUUCAAUGAUGCCUUCAAGGUGGGCACCUUCUACCACGCCCUUUUUUCAGAAGACAAGCAGCUGAUUGACUCGGUUUGUGGCGGGAACAUGCUGACCAAGACGCAGCUGCAGUUGAAUCAACUCUUUGAGGAGAUGGCAGAGAAAGGGUAUGAUUGGGGCACUGCUAGGAGGUUGAGGAGAGCACCAAGCCGAGGUGUAUAUGAUGUGGGCACCCACUCUUCUGAUUUGGUGCAAGUUGUGUCUAAACUGGUCUCAACCAUCAAUCGGAAUGGGAUGGUUCCGGGGAUAGGGCAGCAGCCGGCAAUGCGUUUCCAGUGGUGCGAGAGUGCCCAUCAUAUUGUAGAGGACUGCCAGGCCAUGCGUGAGUCCAGUUCACCCCAGGAGCAGGUGAACUUCAUCAACAAUGUCCAGCGCAACGACCCAUACAGUAACACCUACAAUGAGGGAUGGCACCGGAACCGAAAUUCUCCUAGAGUGGCAACAACAAUCAGAAGCCACCUGGCUUCCAAGCUCCUGCAACUAGUUUUCUGAACCAGAAGCAGCCAUACCAGCCUCGGCCAGGCCAGAUGCAGCAUCAACAACCACUCUAUCAGCCCAGACAGGGGAAGGCUUUUCAACAGCCCCCACAGCAGCAGUACCAGCAACUUGUUGCACCUCCAUCAGUCCCAGCACCGGGCGAUCCCGUGUCAGAACUGAGGGAUCUAGUGACUACCUUGGCGAGCACUAGUACCCAAAAGUUCAAUAAAUGAGAGCAAUUCAU